AUGCUAGUGCUCCUUGCUUGCUACCAGAUGCUCAAGCUUCCUCUGGCCCUGAUGCUGCUGCUGCUGCUGCUGCUGCUCGCAGUCACACCCACAGUUGAAAGAACUCCAGUCCUGGCCGUGAAUCCGCGGAGCCAUGUUCUCGCCUCCCUGCGAGGGGUUGCGCCCUAUCCUCUGUGCUUGAGUGCUAGAGGAGGGACGGGGCUGUGGGAGGCGAAUGAAGAAUUCGAGAAAGAGCGGCAGAAGGUCAUGGAGGAGCGGGAGCAGAGGAAAAAGGAGUUCGAGGAGCAGUACAGGCGGGAGGAAAGACAGAAGUUGCAGGAUAGGUUGUCCAACAUGACGGAGAUGGACUUCAUGAACUUCACUUCCCUCAAAGAUGAGGCGUUGAGGAAUAUGGAACGAAAUUCACCACGAACGGGGCUUUCCGUCGAAGGGGACUUCAAGCCCUUCGUGGAGCUUCUGCAAGCCAGCGAGGACGAGGACGAGGACGAGGACGAGGACGAGGACGAAGGCGAAGGCGAGGGCAAAGGCAAAGGCGAGAGUGAGGGCGAGGGCGAGGGCGAAGAGGGAGAGCAUUGGUUCACCAGCGAGAUAUCUGUUGGUCCUGACGACGUUGCUAUUCCCCUUGCGUACCCGGUAGAAUCCGAGAGCGACGUGGAUUCGCAAGCUUUCGACCGGGAGGUCCCGCAAGAGUGGGAGACGCUGGUGGAAGGCGUGCAAGCAGUGAAGCUGGGCGGCAACAAGAGCGUCGUGCCGGUGAAAACAUCUCUGGAGGUCUACAGGCGAGUAGUUGAGGAGCACCCACCCCCAGCAAUCAAGCACGGGUACCUGUACGUUUGGGGCCUCGGGUCCUCUGUCACUGCAAAGGACCUGGAGAGGGCGUUUGCUGGUUUCGAGGGGUAUGUCUCCUCGACGAUCGUCAGUGAUCUUGCCAUGGACCCUCGUAUCGCCCGCAUCCAGCAGGUGUGUCGUGCUAGUGCUAGUUGGUACAACCACACCUGCACGCCCGAUAUGAACAGGACAUUGAUCGAGGAGAAUGUCGCGAAGUUCAAAGAGAAGCUGGAGGGGGGCAAGGCUAAGGAGCCCCAUAUCACCUCGGAAGAUCUCAACGACGAGUUUCUCAACGACCUCUUGGAGAAGGACGGGAGGGCGAGCACGGCAGAAUGGAUGGCGCAGCAUGGAAUAGAAGGAGGAGAUUACAUGGAAGAUGAAACGCCGGAGUUCAAUUUGACCAGCUUCGUUGGCUACGAGGUGAAGUCCUACGCGCUGAUCGAGUUUGCCUCCUCGAACCUAGCUCGUUCUGUUACGCUCCAACAGGAGGGCCUGGAGAUCGCAGGGUCGAACGUGUCGCUUGCGCUUGCGUGGGACGACGAGGGUCUCAUCAUCAAGUCAUUGGAGAAGAUCAAGACCAGGGUCGACGCCAUUGGGUUUCUCCACCAGCUCCUUCCCUUCCAGAUGCUCGAUGCCGACAACACGGUCACUGCCCUCCUCUACCUCUGCCGCAAGAGACCGGACGCCGAGCUCAACGUAGGAGAGCCCUUCUAUACACGGAUUGCAAGGCUCUGCAGGCACGGACCAGACCCUCCCCGCCUGCUCAGCCGCAUGUACCAGCCCCACAACAGGAAGCUGUGCAUGCAGCAUGAGAUCGUCUCAACCCUCCUGACCCGCGCGCUGGAGCUUGCACCCAUGAUGUCGACAGAUUCCAUCUCCACUGUGCUCUACAUCAUCUCCCAGAUGCCUGUCUUCAAGGUCAACCUCCCCGGUGGGAUUGACUUCCGGACCUCACUUCCUCCUUUGGAGGAGGAGAAUGAGAUCAAGAUAAGCGGUGGACCGGAGACCUAUGGCUGGUCGGCGCUUCCCUUCAAAGUUUGGCACAGGCUGAGCCGCAUGCGGAAUGGGGCAGGGCUCGACAUGAUGCUGAAAAAGCAUCAGGCGCAUAUCGACAACUACAAGUUCUCGUGGCGCGGGCAGAAGAUUGGUGUGAGCUUUGGGAGCAGCCUUGAACCGAAGAAUGUGAGGAGGAGGAGGGACAGGUACACACUGAACCCAUACGUGCCGGGGAGGCUGUACGAAGGGCACAACUUGGUGCAGGCGGGCUACAUGGGGAGGGGCGGGCCGGCGCUGGCAUUCAGGAAGAUGAUGGGAUACGAUACAGAGCGGGCCAAGUGUUCGGAUGAGACGCUGAUGAGGAUCGCGAACAAGACUGACGCGGAGAUCAGGAGGAAGGAGCGGGUGAACUGGCUGCGAUCAAUCAGGCACAUGUAUAGACUGGACAACAACACAGCGGCGCUGGAAAAGGCAAAGGAGAUGGGGUUGCAGAUGUGGUCGGAGCUGGUGACGGAGGGAGAGCAUGAGAAUCGCUGCACGAUAGACAACUUGUGGUUGACCGGCUAUGACCUGGAGCAGGUCGAAAAAGGUAAUGACCCCGACGAAACGAUCGGGAUGUGGAAGCCAAAAUAUGACAUCACCGACGGCAUCAGCGACCCCAUCAAGGGCAGGUGGUUGCGGAACGAACGUCCUUCCUUCGUGGAGGAGGACAGACAUAUGCACAAGCUGAUGCCCAAGACGACUGAGAUUGUGCUCCGCUCGUUUGUGGAGGCGCAUAUGAGAGGGGAGCCCAUGGUAUGGUGUGUGAAUGGGGUGGCGUGGCCAAAGAGCAAGAAGUUGCUGGAUCGCAUUCUGAGGGAGGGAAAGAAGAAGCAGAAGAGGAAGCGAGUCUCCGCUCUGCCGCUGUCUAGCGGGUUGGACAGCGACGAGAAGCUGCAGGAGUGGGUGAGGGCGACCCGGGAGAAGGACAUGAAGAGGAAGAGGAGGCUGAGGCGAUUGUUCGGGAAGUCUUCGCCGGACAAGUCCGAGGCGAGGAGCAGGAAGCUGCUUGAAGCGAAGCUCUACGCCAUGGCAAAGCAGGCGAACUACACUGUGCAGCCUGGGACGGAAUGGAAAUUUCUCCCUUACGUCAGGAAAUUGAGCGAUUCCUCAAUGUGGAACAUCACCUACGAUGGCUUCAAGGAGAUGGAAAAGGAUGAUGUCAACAUCCUGAGGCUUCGGGGGUUCGGAAGCCGCAGCUUCAAGUUGGAGACCUUGCGACUGAAGGAGAAGAGUCGAGGACGAGAGGGAGAAGAAGAGGACAAGAGGAGGAAGGAGCAUGUCUUGAGGAUACGAGGAGGAGGAAUGAGCUCCCAGUUCGACCCUUUGUCCCAGUAUUUCAGAUCCUUUGAACCUGAGGAGACGAUGGAGCUUACCGGGAUGGAGGCGGAGGAGGAGCAAGGGCUGGAGGAGGAAGACGACGAUAGCUCUUUCGAAGCGAUGAUGAGCAAGCAGCUUGACUGGAGGAGGAGGAUGCAAAACUCGACGGUAUAUAAGGAAUACUUCCUUGGGCCGGAAGCAUGGGACGAGAAAACCAGGAGAGUAAUCGCAUGCUUGGAGAACGCAAGUUUUCCUAUUCAUAAGGAGGAGAAGGAGCAGUUGGAAGCAACCAUAUUGCAGAAAGGAGAGGAGCAGGAGCAGGAGAAAGAGGAGCAAGAGGAGGUUGUAAGCCUGAACUGCAUGAACAGGUGGAGCUACAGGAGGUUCAGGAGUUCCAUGAAAACCUGUCAUCCUGCGUGA